AUGUUUCUAUUCCUAGCCUGUGCGGCAGCCUUCCCGCUCUCUUUGCCCCUACUCUACUGGUGGCUCCAGCCGCCGCGCAACUUUGCCCCGGGCUUGCCCGUUGUGCCACUCUGGAUAGCCUUCCUCCCUCUGCUGCGAAGUUGGCUCGGUUUCCCCUUCCCUGGCCAAGAUGAGACUUAUGCGCGCUACGUCGAACCUCUCAUGGCGCAGCACGGUGCGGUUGUGAUCUACUUUGGCUCGCAAUGGAACGUGCUUGUUGCCUGUCCGCAGGGCAUGAAGCAGCUCUUCUCGCUCGAGCGCACGACGUUUCAGAAACAGGGCAACCAUCGCAAACUACCGAAUGCCGCUAUCAGCGCCCUUACUGGAGGGAACAUCAUCAGCGAGACGGGCGCGCUCUGGCGGAAGUAUGCGCAGAUCAUCCGCCCAUCACUAAGAGACGACACCGAUCCGAGCAAGGUGGAUAUCGCCGCUGGACGCCUCGUAGCCCAGCUUGAGGGACAUGCUGGCAGCGUGACGGGACUCGUGCAGCGCUACUCCAUGGAAGCGUUCCUCCCCUCCCCACCGGCAAUUCACAGGAUCCACGCGCUGGUCAAACGCCACAUCUUCCACCCCCUCUUCCUGUCCGUACCGGCUCUGGACCGCUUCCCGCGUCUCUUCCCGAGCCGUGCGAUUGCCCGCAACCUCAUCGGCAACCUCGAGGUUGAGCUACUGAAGGCUCUUCCCGGAGCGGAGGCGAGACUCAAGCUAGGUCUCCCUGCCAAUGAGAAGGAUGAGUCGGGCAAUGUGCAGAGCAAGCUCGAUGGGGCCUUCCUCUCGGGGCUCCUCAGCGAGAGGGAGUACAUUGACAAUGUCAAGAGUGAGACCGGUCCUCGGCCGAAACUGACAGCAGUCCUCUUCAUCGCCGGCCAUGAGAACGCACAGCAGGCGCUGCUAACCCUGCUCUGGAUCUUGUCCCGCGACCCCGAGCUGCAAGCUCGCAUUCGUUCGGACGCCUCGCCGAGCCCGAUCCUCCACGCGACCGUCCUGGAAGCUUUGCGGCUGUACCCGCCCAUUCCGCAGCUGAUCAACCGCCGCAUCGCGCACGAUACGCUCCUCUCCCUUCCCGGACUCGACGUGCCGCUGAAGGAGGGCACGUACGUCGGCUGGUCGGCUUAUGGCCUGCACCGCAGCAUCGACCCCGAGUGGAGGCCGCAGCGGUGGGGAGAGAGCAUUGAGGAGAGUGGACGCUAA